UGCUCCCACCAUUCUUCUUAAAAAAUGCAUGUAUAAUAUAUUCUGUGUGUAGGGAAUGUAUGUACACUCUCUCUGUGUCAUUGGACUCUCCUGGGAGAUGAGCCUCAGUGCUCCCAGGCAAGACAGGGACAAGCUGGUGACACCCACUGUGCUUGAUUUCACCAGCCACAAACCUCUGACUGUCAUCCUGGGAGCCCACACGCUCCAGAGGAGAGAGGACAGCUGGCAAACCUUCGAGGUCAAGGAGUACCACUGCCACCCGGGUUUUACAAGCCCUAAGAAGGGAAAUGACAUCCUUUUGCUGAAGCUGAAUGGCAAUGCCACCAGCAACAGCCACGUCAGGCCCAUUUCCUUUGAGAAAUCCAAAGUUCGUGGUGGGAGCGAGUGCAGCGUGGCUGGCUGGGGCUACAGGACAGCCACUGUCACCCUGCGUGAGGCCACUGUCACCGUCAUCAGGCAAAGGGACUGCCUCAGCCACUACCCAGGACUCGCUGACAACUUGAUUUGUGGCCGCAGCAGAUCCUCUGGGGUACCUGAAAAGGGUGAUGCUGGGGAUCCGCUGGUCUGCAACAACAAAGCCUAUGGCAUCUUCUCCUACAGGCACAACAACUGGCCUGGCUUCUACACACACAUCGCGCCUUUCCUCCCCUGGGUCAACAGCGUCAUGAAGUCAGCGUGACCCUGCUCCCCCUGCAGAGCUCACCCUCCACAGCCCCGUCCUCACCAGCUUC